AUGGCUCCGACUCCAGGCAACAGUUGCUUCUUCCGUGUGGAGGAUGAGAAACUGCUGGUGAAGGAAAAGAAUAAGCUCAGAAAACCAGUGGUGGAGAAAAUGCGCCGUGACCGAAUUAAUAACAGCAUCGAACAGCUAAAAGUUUUGCUGGAGAGGGAAUUCCAACAGCAUCAACCCAAUUCCAAACUGGAAAAAGCAGAUAUUUUAGAAACGGCCGUCAGUUAUUUGAAAAAGCAGCGUCAGAUCCCAGGAUCAGCCUUCAGCCUGAAAAAUCCAGAACUUGAUUUCAACACGGGCUACCUGCGUUGCUUAAGAGAAGCGUUUUACUUCCUCUCCUUCUGCCAGCCCAAGAGGGAGACCCAAACGCGGCUGAUUAAACAUUUCUGCAAAGUGCACAUGAUUUCCGACACCACCUUCUCGCUCCUCUCGACGUCUCCUGCACCUAAGAAGCAGCCGGCGGAGAAAAGACCCUCACCGUCUGCCUCGGCGUUCAUCUGGAGACCUUGGUAG